AUGCUUCACCUGCUGACUUGGGCUCUAAUAUUUUUACCAGCCUAUCGAGCUGCAGAUAUCUCUUGCGCUCAAAGGCCGGAUGUAACAACCUUAAAAAACUGUUGCAAGCUGCCGAAUUUGGACUUUAAAACUUACAAUUCGAAAUGCAGUCAGUACUUAGUAAAUGGGGCUCAUAUAUCACCCUGCAGCUUUGAGUGCAUUUUCCAAGCUGCCAAUGCUAUGAACGGCACAAGUUUGGUAAUGGAAAACAUUGAAAAGAUGAUGAAAACCAUUUUGGGCUCUGAUGAAUUUCUCCAGGUCUAUGUAGAUGGCUUUAAGAGCUGUUCUGCUCAGGAGAAGGUAAUGAUUAAGACCCUAAAACGCCGACGUAUGCCCAUCACUGGAAAGUGCGGCUCCAUGGCCCUGAUGUACGGCCUGUGUGCCCACCGUUAUUUCUAUCGCAACUGCCCGGAGAGUGUCUGGAGCAACAGUCCCGGCUGUAAUGAGGCCAGGGAAUAUAGCAUACGCUGCGAUGAUUAA